GGUCGCUCUCCCUUCACUUGGUUUAAGAAUGGAACCAAAAUAAUGGAGCAAACAUCUUCAUCUUAUAGAGGCUCUGUCGACCCUGCAGGCGUUUACUCCUGCUCUUAUGAGGAUUAUCGCUCUCCUUCAGUGUAUGCUCCAACAGCUCCUACAGUGUUGAUGAUUCCCACUGGUGACAUUAUGAAGAACAGCUCAGUGACUCUGAACUGUAGCAGUGAUGCUAACCCUCCACCUAAAUACACCUGGUACAAGAGGAACCAAUCACUGCUCAGAGGAUUACAGCUUUACCUCGACUCCGUCCAGUCCUCUGACUCUGCAGAAUAUUACUGUGUAGUUGACAAUAAUCUGGGAAGGAGGACAUCUGAACAUGUUUUUGUUGAUGUGAAAUAUGGUCCACAGACUGCUAUUUUGACCUUGAAUCCUUCAGCAGAGGUCGCAGAGGGCCUUCCUUUGACUCUUACCUGUAGCAGUGAUGCUAACCCUGCAGCUACAUACACGUGGUACAAGGCAAACCAAAUACUGGGACAAGGGCUGGUAAACAUUUAUGAUUUCACCUCACUCAGCUCUGAAGACAAAGGGAUCUACUCCUGCAAGUCUGAGAAUCAAUAUGCUCCAAAGCCUCCCUCUGUGUCAGCGAGUCCCUCUGCUGAGAUAGUGGAGGGCAGAGCCGUGACCCUCAUGUGUAGCAGUGAUGCUAACCCAGCAGCUAAUUACACCUGGUACAAGGAGAAUGAAGACUCACCUCUAGCUUCAGGACAGAUCUUCACCAUCACUGACUUCAGUGCUAAUCACAGUGGGAAUUACUACUGUGAAGCCCUGAACACAAGAGGGCGCCAUAACUCCACCUUCACUCUGACUGUUGUGGCAGGUAUGUUGUUCACUUUCACCUGCAGGUGA